UUUAUGACAAUAAUAUUAAUAAUAAUGAUAAUAAUAAUGAUAAUAAUAAUAAUAAUAAUAAUAAUAUUAAUAAUAAUGAUAAUAAUAAUAAUAAUAAUAAUAAUAAUAAUAAUGAUAAUAAUAAUAAUGAUAAUAAUAAUAAUAAUAAUAAUAAUAAUAAUAAUAAUAAUAAUAAUAAUAUUAAUAAUAAUGAUAAUAAUAAUAAUAAUAAUAAUAAUAAUAAUAAUAAUAAUAAUAUUAAUAAAAAUGAUAAAUAAAAUGAUAAUAAUAAUA